GAGAAGCUGAAGAAGAAGGGAACAAUCAUGCUGUUGUACCGCACCACCACCUCCACCUCCACCGACACCCCUCCUCCCCUGCCACAUAGCUGAAGCCAGCGUCGGUGCAGGCGUUCACCGGUGGCGACCAACUUAAUGUUUACUUCGACCUCCAACCGUUGGUAACAUUAUUCGUGCUAGCAAAGGGGGAUGCUAACGUUACUUCGUCCAGCACAAGUUGAAGUCAUCGCAGAAGGACAAGGUUCGGCAGUUCAUGUCCUUCACACAGGCCGGGGAGAGGACAGCCGUCUACUGCCUGACGCAGAAUGACUGGAAACUAGAAGUCGCCACAGACAACUACUUCCAGAAUCCAGACCUCUACUACAAAGAAUCCAUGAAAACCUCAGUGGACCGCAAGAAGCUAGACCAGCUCUACAACAGAUACAAAGACCCCCAGGAUGAAAACAAGAUAGGCAUUGAUGGGAUCCAGCAGUUCUGUGAUGACCUGACGCUGGACCCAGCUAGCAUGAGCAUACUUGUGGUGGCAUGGAAGUUCAGAGCGGCCACCCAGUGCGAGUUCAGCAGGAAAGAGUUCCUGGAUGGCAUGGCUGAGCUAGGCUGUGACAGUCCUGAAAAACUCAAGGCGAUCCUUCCCAGACUAGAGCAGGAGCUAAAAGACACAGGGAAGUUCAAAGACUUCUACCAGUUUACCUUCAAUUUUGCCAAGAACCCCGGCCAGAAAGGUUUAGACCUUGAGAUGGCUGUUGCUUACUGGAAUCUAGUUCUCACAGGUCGCUUCAAGUUUUUGGAUCUCUGGAACUGCUUCCUGCUGGAACAUCACAAACGCUCAAUUCCCAAGGACACAUGGAACCUCCUUCUGGACUUCGGCAAUAUGAUUGCAGACGACAUGUCAAACUAUGAUGAGGAAGGGGCAUGGCCUGUCCUCAUAGAUGACUUUGUGGAGUUUGCUCGGCCGAUUGUGACGAGUAAGCGCACCAUGACAUAGUGUUUGUCUCGGAUUCAUGCAGCAAAUGGAGUUUGUGUUUCUCCCAGUUUUUUUUUUUUUUUUUUUUUGAAUGAGGAUUUUUAUACAAAUGAGCCAAAAAGAGAGUACCUCUCAAUAAGCCUGUUUGCAGCUUGUCCUUCAGAUUGUUCUUCCAACUGCGUAAGAUGCCUUGAGGAAAGCAGGAGGAGAAUCAGCAGGAGAGAGAUUAUGUUUAGUUUUUUUUGGCAAGGACAGACUUUGGAAUUGCAAUAUGGAAAUGAUGGGUAUCCUAAAACUCGUCACUCAUGGGCAAAUCACCAAUGGAUGAGGCUUCGAACUGCUGCUGCGGACUUGGCUCACUAACCUGCACCCUCGGCACAGUGAGGAGGGACAGUAAUGGUGAACCUUUAGCACACGCAGAGGAUAAAGUUAUAGAUGCAAUAGGAUGUGGCCUCUUACAUUGUCAGUUGUGAAUGGAACCGUAUGUUCAAAUCUGCAUGUAUUUGUCAGCUAGAAGCAAGGCCAUGGAUGUUGAGGAGAGGGAAAAAGUACUCUACAUUAUUUUCACUGAGAUUGCGAAUGUGUAGCUCUCUAACAAUCACACUGAGAGCAGAGAGAGAGUGUGUGUGUGUGUGUGUGUGUGUGUGUGUGUGUGUGUGUGUGUGUGUGUGUGUGUGUGUGUGUGUGUGUGUGUGUGUGUGUGUGUGUGUGUGUGUUGGGGGGGGUAAACAUAUUGCCUCUUUUACAAUAUAAUGUUAAUUGUAGCUCAUUUGGUUUUAUUAUGAUUACAAAUUAUGAUCACUUUAACUGAGCAACAGUGAAAGAAUUCAGAUCCACAUUUUGAAUUCACACAAUUGGAAAGAGCAGCAUGCUUUUCAGGCUCAGCACCAGCAGAAUCACAUUUGUUACAGUUGUAAAAUGCUAUAUCAAUAGGAAAGGAAAAAAAGAAUAGAUUUAACUUUUAGAGGAGCAAAAAAUGUUUAUCCGACAGGUUAUGACAUUUAUAAUCAUGAUUAAUACAUAAGAAGCAUUUAGGAUCCUCAUUUCACAAAGAAACUGACUCAUUGACUGUUUCUAUUAUCCAGGUGAUAUAUCAACUUUGCAAACUGCACUGAUUUACACUUUUUCUGUUGUAGGUUUUAUCAGUUAGCACUGUAUACAUCUACAGAGCUAUUCAGUUUACUGUGGGUUCACUGACAUAGACUUUUAUAUAUGAACAUCUACAUCCCAGCUUAGAUUUAACUGUUUGUUUACACUGUUUGAAGUUUUAGUCUGUUGCUUUUCAUGAUUUAGUGGCUGUAGUGCAAGUAUCAUUGAACUACCACACAGAAAAACAGGUCACUUUGAGAACAAUGGUUGUGCUGCCAUCUAGGGGUGCAAUGCUUUUCCUCCAUACCAGAUUUAGUGUUGCUCUAUACGUGUAAUUAUAAACACUAAAAGAAUCCCCCUUUCUCAGAAGGUAUAGCUGAGGUACCAGUCGUCCUCUCCCAGUCACAGUGAGCAGCAGGCAGCUUCCUGCACUUACGUCAGUAUUUGCCAUCUAACUGUGCUAUCUUGUUUUGCCAAUUGUUGUCGUAAUGACAAAACCUUUGCCAUGUGUUGAAACAAGGAUGGAUUAUUUCCCCACAUGAAAUUUCUCAUCCAACUACAGGGGAAAUAUUUGCCUUUUUUUAACUUCUGUUUAAGUUCUCAUAUUUAUGUAAACAGAGGUCAGUCAUAAACUAUGGUAGUGUGCAUAACUUAGAUCAGGAUGGGAAUUUAUUAUGAUUUCAGUCUUAGAUUGAAUGCAGAUGAGCGGCAAAAAAAAACAGCUUAAUUAUGACUGUAAAACAGUCACUGUAGCAGCGGGUAAAUGUGCCAUAUUGUUCAUCUUUGUAACCUGGCAAGUUGGAUAUGUGUUAUUGGUGGAAUUAAAUAUCCCAUAUAACUUUCUGACUGUCAAGGGUGUGCACAAACCUAUCACAGUCAAGACAGCGAGAUGAUGUGAAAACGUUUCCCAGUUGAUUGUUGUUGACUUUAUUAUCGGACGUGUGUGGUUCAGGAGCAAGAAAAUGUGACAUCUUUCAGUAUUCUGUUUGAUAAUGUGGUCCAUUCGGUACGUUUUUAUUUGUCAAAUGUGUGGUCAACUCUUUUAAGUCAUGCAGAUCGUUCUUAUCAAAAUAGUAUUAUUUUUUCCAGCAAGAAAAAAGGUACAAUGGCUUCAGAAAGUUUUCAGACCCCUUCACUUUUUAUACACUUCAUUAGAUGGAAUUUUAAAUGGAUAAAAUUGGAUAAACCAUUUUUCCCCGACAAUCUACACUUAAUAGUUGUGGCAUAGAACAUCUGUGGAGAGACCUGAAGAUGGCAGUUCACAGACGUUUCCCAUCCAAUCUGAUGGAGCCUGAAAGGAUCUGCCAGGAAGAAUAGGAUCAACUUCAGGAGUACAAAGCUUGUGGAGACUUACCCAAGAAGACUCAAAGCUGAAAUUGCUACCAAAAGGGCUUCUACAAAGUACUGAAUCAAGGUUCUGAAAACUUAGUGAGAGAUUUCAGUUUUUAAAUUUUUUUUUUAUACAUUUUCACUUUGUCAUUAUGGGUUAUGGAGUGAUGAUUGAUUGGCAAAAAUGGCAUUUUCAUCCAUUUAAAACACACACACACACACACACAAAACAAAGAGUGCAAAAGGGAAGGUCUGAAUACUUUCUGAAGCCAAUUUAUUUACAGAAUAUUAUGUUUUGUCACAGAAGCAUACCGUACAUUGUUUUCUUAAGCAAGUUGUCAAUAAAGCAUGUUUUUAACAGA